UUCGACACACUCUGGGCAAUUGUUUAUGCCAAAGAAGAGAAAGCUACCGAAGCUAAUGGCGUGCUUAACAAAAACUAGUUUGGAGAACUUGAGGAACAAGGCCCUCUUCAGCAUCGAUGUCCUCGAUGCGAAGGGCAUUAGGAGGCGUAAAAAGCCUCUAUACGAAUGUUUGAUACUGGAGCUGAAAGAAGCGGGGUACAUAGAGUCCUCGAGCUACCUGCAGGACUUGUUGUACGACAACGCGCAACUAGUCGCCGCUGACGACAUCGGCAUAGUGACGGACCUGAGGACCAAGAACAACUUUCUGGAGCACAUUUGCUCUAAGCUGCAACUUGCUGAACGAGAACGAGAAAGGAAUAAUACGAAGAAAGAAUGUUUAACAUUUCUGCAGCUGGGACUACAUUACGCUGAGCUCGGGAAAGGCAUACUCUGGUUGGCAGAGAAAUUCUUCCUCGCUUCCAUAGCUGUGGCGAGCCGCUUCCAACUCGACGGAGGCAGACUUAAAGGCGUUUGCAAAUAUCACUACGCUCGUUUUCUGCUUGAUAAAUUUCCAGGCGCCGAUCCUGAAGAGUCGUUUGUUAUUCUCACCGAUGUGAGAGAUUCUGCGAUUGGAAGGUCAUGGCCGUUAUACGAGCCCGAGAGAGAGGGAGAUGUGGUGCCUCCUGAUAUGCUGUUCUGUGCUACUGCCAUACAGCUGCACAGGGUUUUGCUGAGCAAAGCCAGGGCCAUUCGAAAGAAGGACCCGGCCAAAGCAGAGAGGCUCUCAAGACUUGCUGAGAGAAGGGGACAAGACGCUGAUGAUCCACUAAAGACAGCAGAAGCGGUAAUUGAAGUUGGAAUCUCCCAGCUGGUCAUGAACAACCUGAACAACUCCAAGAAAACAUUCGAGCGAGCCUUCAAGAUAUACACCCAGAUUAACAACAUGGAAGGUUUAUGCGUCACAAGGAUGCAUCUAGCUGCUGUUAUGCAAAGACUAGGAGAUCACGAGACAUCAGCGCGUUUGCUGACGGAGAUGGGAGCUCUGGCGAUGGAGUACGCCCUUCGUCGUCAACUGGGGCGCGCGUUGCACCUCCUUGGAGAACUGCACUUGCGCAGGGAGAGGCCUGACCUUGGCACGCAGCACCUGACCGAAGCUUUUGCCUGCUUCAUGGGAUACGCGUAUGCUAAUAGUCCUCAACAUGACGGCCUCGUUCAAGAGGGACCAAUAUGUGAGGGCAAUAUCGCAAAUCUGGACUUGAUUUUCAAAACGGAGAAACAAGAAGAAUAUCGAGAAGAAGCUGAGCAGUCUCGGCUCAUGACGGCUAUAUCUGCAGGACAAGAACUAAUGGCAUCUUACUUCGCUCUUCUGAGAGAUGCGAGGACCUGUACUGUAGCCACUGUAAAGUGCAUUGAGUGGAAACUGGCGAAGUAUGGUUGGUGGGUAAAGAGAGUUAACCAUGACCUGAUGCCGUGCAUCUGUCCCAUGCACAACCGCACUCCACUCGAUGUCCUGUGGCAUCAAAUAGAAUUACGGAAUCAGGAAGCCAUAGCAAAGGAAAUGUCGGAAGGUGUAUCAUUAUUAACACGAAAUGACAGCUGCGACGCCUUGCACGAGCUGGCAAGCUCUACUCAACACAAAUCAGAAGUACAAGCUAUAAAAGAUGCGGCGGAAGAAGAAGUAAAAAAGAUAGAAGAUGAAAAGAUUAGUAAACAUGUAGGGUUAGUGGUUGAUCGCAAAACGAAUUAAGUUACACACGUUGUAGAGAAACGAGUCCACUAGAAUUGAGGUUUGAAUUACUCGUAACUGCAUCUCACUUUUGUGUAAUUAUAUUUUUAAAACAUAACGUAUAUUUUUACUACCAAAAAGAAUAAGUUAAGUGCAUUUUGCUCUUUUCGUUUGAAAUGUAACAUUUAUUCUAAAAAAUAUUUCUAAAUUUAUAGUUUUAGAAAUGUCACAAUUAUUGAAAUAAUAUUAUAGGAGUGUGACGUUGUAUUAUAUAUGAAUGGAAAAGAAGAGUCAGAGCAUUAUAUUCAGCAAUAUGAUAAAAAAUAUAUAUGAUAAUUUAUAGAUUUUAGACGUAAUCAUUUAGUUUUAUUCCGGUAAUAAAAUGCAUUUUAUUAAU